AUGUCGCACCUAUUUCGACAGGCCAUUGCUUUGGCAUUAACACUCGCACUCACAGCGGCUCCCGUCAUGGCACAGUCAGCGACAAUCGCUCCCGGCGCGAUUCAGACACUGGGCUGCUACUCAGACCCAGGGCCUGGACUGACAGAGUUUGGUGAUGCCACUGGUCAAUCAUCGGGUUAUUGUCGAGACAACUGCACAAACUUGGCCCAGCCUGUCAUGGCCAUCACAGGGGGAGUAACCUGCUAUUGUGGCAACGAGCUACCUGCCUUGGAUACCCUAGUGGACCCGGACAAUUGCAACGUCAAAUGCAUGGGCUACGGUCUCGAGGAUUGUGGAGGCAUGGGAUUCUAUCAAAUAUACCUCACAGGUCUCGGUGCCAAUGUCCACACCGCUCCCAACAGCACUUCAAGUUCCAGCUCUGGCUCAAGCUCGACCUCAGCCCCAGCGCCCACAAAGCCCAACGAGACCGUGUUCGUCACCCCGACCGGCAGCUCCGAUUCGGUACAAAAAUCAUCUGAUGGCGGCGUCAACAAAAUAGGAAUCGCUGUUGGGGUAGUAGUCGGAGUUCUUGUACUGGCAGGUAUCAUCGGAGCGGUGGUGUUUAUCAUCAAGAGAAAACGAAACCAAGAGAUCGAAGAAGAGCAUCGUCGUAAUGCCGCCAACUCAUUCUUGUCCGGCAAGUCAGACAAGUCCGCAACCGAUCAACGACUGGAUCCCUCAAUAUAUUCACACCAACGACAAAGUAUUGGCAGUAUUGCCGAUGAGCGAGACUUCUCAAGGAGGAUCUUGCAGGUACGAAAUCCGGAUCGCGAUUCAGUUCGGUCUGGCAUGGCAGCAUAA